AUGUUUCUUUUCCAUCUUUUCGCACUCCCUUUGUUGGUGUCUGCUGUCGCCAUCCAAACAAGAACACAGCCGCAGAGAGGACCAUCACCAACCAUCACCACGACUAUAUGCCCCACCAGUUCCGCCAUAUCCCCCAAUCUCGAUCUUCGCGUUCGAGAACAAGUAGCAUUAACCACCGCCGCCGUGGAAGAUAUCGACAGCUUCACGACCACAAUCCUCAACAUCAUCCCUGGGAAGACAGACAGCUACGUUACCAUCCAUCCCCAGACUAUCGCCAUCGCCAUUCCUACAUGCCAUCAGACCAUCACUCCGGAUCAUAACGGCUACGUGCCGCCAGGAACUUGUGGCGCAAUCUGGACAUAUUACCCGGCAUUUAAAGCGGCUGUUGCAUUCGCAGUGAUGUUUGCCUUGUUGCUGGGCGUCCAUCUAUGGCAGGCCAUCAUAUACAAAAAAAAGUGGUGCUGGGUCAUCAUAAUGGCUUCAAUCUGGGAGACGAUGGCCUUCAGCUUCCGGGCAAUCAGCACUCGAGACCAACAGAGUGAGGGCAUAUAUCUUUGCUUUCAGAUUUUUAUUUUGCUCGCUCCUCUUUGGGUCAAUGCCUUCGCAUACAUGACAUUUGGCCGCAUUGUUUACGCGUUCCACCCGUCGAAAUCUGUCCUCGGCAUCCCAGCCGUCACUCUAGCCGCAAUUUUCCUUUUUCUAGACAUUGCAUCCUUCAUUAUCCAGCUGAUUGGUGGCGGCAUGGCCUCUCCGACCGCCUCGGCAGCAGCCCAGCAGCGAGCACUUCACAUCUACAUGGGAGGCAUUGGCUUCCAGCAAUGCAUCAUUGUCACUUUUCUAGUGCUUUGCAUGCGCUUCCAGUGGCAGAUGGACCGGGUUAGGGCCGUGAGAGGCAGCAUGCUCAAGGAUCUGCUUCGCGCUGAAUGGGGCCCGCUCCAGGCGGCGCUGUACGCUGCACUCUGCAUGAUUACAGUCCGAAUCGUAUAUCGGUUUAACGAGUUUUCGAGUGGUAUCACCAAGGGAAAUGCAUUGACGAAAUACGAAGUAUAUUUCUAUCUUUUGGAAGCCACACCAAUGAUGUUUGCGAUCCUUGUCUUUAAUCUAUUCCACCCAGGACGAUUCGUUAGAGAGGACAUGCCGGGAAUUUGGUCAGUAUUCUGCGGCAAAAUCAGAAAUCGGAGGGGAAAGACACAUGUGGAGGGUGAUGACGGCGACGCUUAUGACUUAGACAGGCACAAAUUGGUCGAGGGUUACAAUGCGCUAUAG